CAAAGAAUACUGUUGAUUUAACAUUAUAGACCGUUUUGAAGAACCCUUGCAUAUUAUCACUACACAUACACGUAGAAGUCCUUUUUUGAUUUAUCAAAACAGAAACACCAAUUGUGCUCACCGGUUUUGUUUGCUUUUCCUGGGAACUUUGCUGUUUGUUAUGGCUGUCUCUUUCAUCGCAACCAGAUCAUCCCUUAUGUCCCGUAAUGAGCCUUGACUCAGGCCUGAGCCCGACUACAAUUACCGAGGUUUAUCCAGACAAGGUAACUGCUCUUCCUAACAUUGAAUUCGUGCCUGUCCCGUUGUACAAUUUGGUGGAGGCUGAGGAGGAUGCAUUUGGGGGUCAGAGCCAAUCCACCUGCCACGGUGCUCGCUGGUAAUCAUGAUGGAGACGGGACCUCCCACCCUACACCUAUCGCCUACAUCGAUGGGGUCCCGGUCACCGUAUCCGUACAGAAUGUUGAUGGCCAGCAAAGGAUUGUGUGCGUGGCAUUAAACCCCAGUGGUGCUGCUGUGUCCUUCAUGGACCAACUCACUGAAUCCAAUCCACAUGGCCCCCCACAGCCCCUCGUGUUGGCAGAAGAGUGGUCCCUCCUCCAUCCCGCUAUGGAGCUCCCCCUGACAGACCCCCUGGAUCAUGUCUCCCAACCCCAGGCGGAUCCCCUCUUCCCUGGGUCAGCACCAUCCUCCUCCCUGUCCUCUCCUGGAGGUGCAACAAAAACCUCUGGAACCCCAAACUCAUGAACCCAAGAAAGAGAAGCGGAAAGGUGGAUGGCCUAAGGGGAAGAAAAGGAAACCAAAGAAAGAGUUGACGGCACCAAAAGCUCCAACAACAGGGUAUGUGAUCUUUGUGAAUGAGCGCAGGCUGCAGCUGAGGCGGGGAGCAUCCUGACCUGCCCUUCACAGAGAUCACACGCAUUCUGGGGUUGCACUGGUCCCAGCUGGACUCUCUCCACAAGCAGAGGUACAUCAACGAGGCGGAGAAGGACAAGCAGCGCUACAUCACAGAGCUGAUGGCCUACCAGAACACUGAGGCCUACCAGGCCUUCCUCCGGAAGAAAGCCCUGAGCAGGGCCACACGGUUUAAUGGACACCAGGGUGCUGACACUGACAUGGAGGAAGAUGUCCUGGCUCUGCAUCCCAACUAUGGGGAGGAGAGCAGUGAUCUACUCUGUGGCAUCUGUAAUCAGUGCUUCAGCUCUCUGCACAAUAAGAAAGAGCACCUGCUGGGCAAACAACACCUCCAGGCACUCACAGAGGAGUUUGAGAAGGAUAAAGGCAGUAUGCCGAACACAUCCAGUCUGGAGAGAGAGCUCGAGGAGGAGAUAGAGAAGGACACAGAGAGAGAGGGAGGAGAGGAGGAGGAGGAUGAAGAGCUGGCUGGUUUGCUGGGUUUGUCAUCUCUGGACAUCAGUGUUCUCCAGGAGCUUCUGAUCAGACAUAUGAACAUGAGAGACUUUGAACUGCAGCACAUGGACGAGUGUGUGGCUCAGGAGAGGAGGAGACAGGAGCAGCUGAAGGCGGAGCUAGAGGAUCUUCAGGAGCGUAAGGUCUGUCUAGAGGCUGAGCUGAAGGCUCUCAGGGCCUCCGGGGAGAGCCUGGACUCUCACAUCCAAACACUCAGCAUGGAACAGCUACUGUCGCCCGCAGAGAGAGAUAACGACCAUCGGCACGAACAGGCUCCGCCCAUCGCCGCUCUGCACCAUUGAGGAAAUGACCUGUCCUGUGGUGGCAGAGGAUGAGGGGAUGAGGAGAACAAGAAAGAAGACAAAGAAAGGAGGAAGAAGCCCAGAAGAUAGAAUGGCGGCACUUUAAACAAUGCACUUUCAGAGGAUGAUUGGCAGCUUCCGUGUCCAGGACUGUUUAAGUUUGUGGAUUCGUCCGUUUGUUUGUUUUUCUUGUUGUUUUGUUGUGCGGUUCUGUUGGUUUUGAUAAAUGAGUCCGUUUUCUAUGGGCUUGAUCUUUUAGCUGUUGCUGCAAAAAUUGAGAUUUGGACCAAGGUUAACACACACACACACGCACACACCUCAUUGCUAAUGUCAGACGAGGGCACUUCAGUUCACUGAUUAAUUAACCUCUGGUUAAUCCAAGGCCCUAAUACGUCUAUUCUAUACCCCAGUGUUCACAAUGUUCCACAUGAUUUCUCAAUACCUAAAAGUCCACUCUUG